UCCAGAUGUGAUCCAUCAGUGACAUCUCUAUUUUCCACAGUUCACCCCUAGUCCGUUGUUGAGUUGGGUUGGGUCCAAUCACGACUGCGCUGCAUCAAUCUCGCCUUUCUUCUCCUUCUUUGAUAGUCUGUCAUUGCUUUUCGCCUUUACCUUCAAUAUAGGAUUUGUAGAUAUUAGCCGUUCCAGUUCUAAUCGUCCCACAACAAUAUCCUGAACUCGGGUCCCUUUGUUCUACAACCUAUCUCUCUGGCCUCGCACAUCUUCUCUCGUGGCCGCCAACAUGGUCCCCUUACCGUUGGUAGCACUGCUAUCCGUAACAGCACUUAUCCUCCCAACAAAUGCUGCACCAACCCGAACACAUUGUCGCUGCUUUGUAGUCGACGCUAACAAGCCAUGGUCUCCAUCAGCAAUUCUACACGACACAUCAAGACAAUUGGAUACCUGCGCUCACAUGGGGCCUGAAAUUGAGUACUUCCGAAUUUCUGAACCCGAGAUCUAUCAAACCUACUACCAGCACAUUGUCCACGAGCAGUCGACAGCAACUCCUACCGAAGACGAUCUGAGACCGCUAACAACGACUGUUCUGAUGGAGUUGGCUAGAAAGGAUUUGUUCGAGCACCAGCUGCACCUGGACACACCUCUUCCCAGUGCCCCAACUGAACGCCCAAGAGAACGGAUUAUUUGUCGAUCUGAACCAGAACCCAUCUCGGAGUAUCACGACUCUGAACUUACACUCUUUGCUCUGGGAGUCAUUGUAGUCUUGGCCAUUCUUGCAUGUGUUGCAGAAUGCAUUAAUCUCUUGAUGGGAUGGGCGGAGCAGCGAGAACUUCUUCGAAGAAGUCCCGUACGACUAGCGGGCGACGAGAAGAAGCUUCGUGCAUACUCGUCGUCUGAGCGGAGCCCCGAGUGGAGAUGCCCUUCCCCAGAGACGCGAGUCUAUACCGCCUAUCUGAUUGACACUGCAGAUGAGGACGACGAUGAGAUCAACAGACCCGUCAUGUAGAUGGAGGACAUGAUCCCUUAUUUCCUAUUCUCAUGUGCAUAUUGUUCUUGCUGCAUUUUAGCCAUGACAACGAUUUUCCAAUUGUAAUAUAACGAAAGCAUAUUUAGGUCCGUUUAGAGACGGACAGUCUGGCGUCACACUCCGCGGAAAUGGUAGGAACAAUGGCUUGGAUAUAUUAUACCGAAUUGGAUGUACUUGGAUCCAAAAUCAAGGUUCUCGCUCGGUUAACUGGUCAAAAAGCAAGGUGGCUUACCCUUAGGAGCAAUACACACCCCGAAACUCGGAAUUAGGGGCUUACGCAUGCCACUGUUGUUGGAUAUGUAUCUCCG